UAAACAUGAACCAUGAACUCUCUUCCAGGAAACUUAAGACUUUAAGUGGCAGUCACGUCCUCCUCAGUGUGUUGUGUUGUCUGAGUGCAUGCUGUCAAACACUGGAAGCAUUAAAAUGACUCUGUGUUUUAUGGAGUUUGGAUCAUGAGCCAGCAGAAGGGAUUCCCCCAAACUAUUUCCGCUUAUCCCCGGCACAGAAUGACUUGCUGUGAUUGACGAUCGCACCAUGGAGAUCCGAGAGAGGUUUUCUUUGUGUUGGCAGAGUUUUUUGGGAUGUUUUAAAAAGCCGGACGACUCUGGAGGUGAGACCAGGCGUGGGGUGAAAGCUGACACUGUUAUUACGAAUCCCGUUGCCCUCAAAAAGUCAGAGCCGGACUUUAAUCCGAAUAGAACUUUACCGCGGCCCCCAGCGGAGAAACCAGGGGUCUAUUACGUCGCCAAGUAUGACUACUCCGCUCGGACUGAGGAGGACCUGAGCUUUAACAGUGGGGAUACUUUAGAGGCUCUGGAUAAAAGUAGUGGUGAAUGGUGGUUUGCGAAAGCCCUCACCGGGGUCUCGGCCAAUCAAAAGGGAUACAUCCCGGCUAAUUAUGUGGCCCCUGUGGAGAGUAUUGAUGCUGAACCAUGGUAUUUUCCCAAAACCAAGAGGCUGGAUGCAGAGAAGAUGCUGUUGGCAGAAGGGAACCAGCACGGCGCCUUCCUCAUCAGAAACUGUGAAAGUCAGGAAGGGGAGCUCUCCCUCUCAGUGCAGGACAGUGGGAGGGUGAAGCAUUACAAGCUGAAAAGACUGGAGAAUGGUGACUACUUUGUGUCGAGGACCAGAGCUUUUCAUACACUUGUGGAGUUGGUGGAACAUUACUCCAAACAGGCAGAUGGCCUCUGUGUGCGUCUGGGUGAACCAUGCAAAAAGAUGGAGGCUCCACAGACUCAUGGUCUCUCCUACAACACUGUGGACCAAUGGGAGAUUGACCGCAGCUCCAUCAGGUUGAUAAGGAAGCUUGGAGCAGGACAGUUUGGAGAAGUGUUCGAGGGCCUGUGGAAUGAUACCACAGCAGUGGCAGUGAAGACCCUCAAACCUGGUACCAUGGAUGCCGAGGACUUCCUGAGAGAGGCUCAGAUCAUGAAGAGGUUGCGGCACGCCAAGCUGAUCCAGCUGUACGCUGUGUGCACCAUGGAGGAGCCCAUCUACAUCAUCACAGAGCUGAUGAAUGGCAGCCUGCUUGAGUUCCUCAAUAAGGAUAAGGGCGCCACGCUGCGCGUCCCUGACCAGAUUGAAAUGGCUGCCCAGGUGGCGUCAGGCAUGGCUUUCCUGGAGUUACAGAACUACAUCCACAGAGAUCUGGCAGCCAGGAACGUGCUGGUGGGCGACAACAACAUCUGCAAGGUGGCUGACUUCGGCCUCGCCAGGGUCUUCAUGAAAGAGAAUGAAAAUGUGUACGAAGCCAAAGAAGGAACUAAAUUCCCUGUGAAGUGGACUGCUCCUGAGGCCAUCCAUGACAACAAGUUCAGCAUCAAAUCAGAUGUUUGGUCCUUUGGAAUUUUGCUGUAUGAGAUCAUGACAUUCGGACAGAUGCCUUACCCAGGCAUGACCAAUUACCAGGUAGUCCAGAGGGUUCCACAGGGCUACAGGAUGUCGAGCCCUGCCAACUGUCCCAAAGUCAUGUAUGACAUCAUGAUGGACUGCUGGAAGGAGAACGAACAGGAACGGCCCACAUUCGAGACCCUGCAGUGGAAGCUGGAGGACUUCUUUGACUUGGAUGUAACGUCCUAUGACGACGCCGGCCGUUACUAGCGCACUGUCCUGGCUGAGACGUGGAAAGAAAGAGACACAAAAAACAUUGUUUCUGCACUGAAGCUAAAUCAAAAUCCCCUGAAUCCAAAUAUCAACAUACAUUGAUGUUUUUAUGAAGUAACAGAUUGAAAUGUAAUUCAAAAUUCCACUCAUUGUGGUCAAAUGAAGGAACUAAAAUGAUCUCCAUGACUGUAUCUGACUGGCAGUGAGGAAGCUUUUACUACUGCAACAGUUGCAACACUCCCGGUCUCGCUUGGUUUGACAACUGAAUGCACUUUGAGACAGGCUUUAUGUAGGUCUAGCUUUACUCUUACAGCGGAUUUGACUGGAAGAGGCCUCUUUCAGCAGAGACAGAAAGCUGCUAUCCGUCCAUCUCGACAAACUGGUUCUUCUUUCUCUCAGCAUAGCACACAUUCUUUCCAUUACCAGAAGGUACCUGAGAGAAUUUACGAGCCGUGCUCACUCACAGGCUCAGUAUGUUUGGCUUUGCGUCUCGUGAGGCAGAACGAAUGGCAGGUGCCGUCAUCUCCACUCAUUCCUGAUUACAUAUGUAGCCAGUGGAAAUAUUUAACAUUAUUAAAGGGAGGGGGGCUAUUCUUAUUAACAGACUACUUACAUAAAAACUAUUUCUCAGUAGAGCUAAGUCCAGUCAAAUAGUUUCACUUUAGGUUUUAACCUUUGUGCCAAUGUAGUAACUGCUGGCUGAACACAAAAGGACAGCACUGUCAUGUUCUAAUGAUCUAAUUUGUGCUUGAAAAUGAAGUAUUUGUGCACAUAACUGUAACUGAAUAAGAAAUAUGUAAUAAAUUAUGGCAGAUACUAUUUUCACCCAGCUGUCUGUAGCCAACAAUGAUAUUUGGACCCAGAGUGGAAUAGCCAAUGAGGUUAUUUACACCUGGGUGUAUAUUCCUGGCCAUCCUAGCAAAGUGAAGUUAUGAUGUUAACAUAAACAGGUCUAUUCAUCUAUUCUGGUCAAGUUUAUGUACACAGUGUGCAUUCAGCAGCUUUAUGGAUCCUUAAAACUGAAAAUAAUGAGUCGACUAAUUCUAAAAAAUAAUGUGGACUCUGCUGACCCUCUGUGGACUGUGUCGCUGUUCAUACUACAUCACCUGACUUUCUGGCAGUACAUUUGUGUGUUUGUUUGUUUGUUUUUAAUUUACAAGUUAAAUCUCAGAGAAGAUCUGAGAUUGGCUAGUAGUAGCCCUGACUAUGACCUACACGCAUCAACAUGAUGAGUGCUAGCCAAUCAUCCAUAAUAACGCAUCACAGGAAGGGGUGUAAAUAGCCAAAUUGCUGCAUUGCUACCAUUCUCAUUAUGUGCAAAUAGACACUCUGUUAAAGCAUAUUAACAUUUUAAAAUAUAUUUAAAGCUGCAUUCAUCGAUCCUUUUAUUUCUUUGCCACUUGUGAGGAGGGCAUUAUCAUCUUGAAGAUAGUUUGGAGAAGGCAUUGGAAAACAGUGGCUUAUUUAAACAUUCAGCGGACACCGAGCAACAUUAGCAUUAAUUUGAUGUAUGUAUGGCCUCUCUGUAACCCAAGUUCGAUAUUCACUCUCUUUUAGCUCUCCACCAACCCCUGAGAAAAAUCAGUCUCCUUACUGGUAAAUGUUCCACUACGUUCACCAGCAAGUUACUGUCUUUUUUGUUCUCAGCUGCCCUGGAUUCAGAUGCCAUCAGCCCAUUUUCUUUGGGUCUUAGUCUCGUAGAUAUGGGUUAGAAGGGGCCUGCCACACCUACUACUAUGUUCAAAAGCUAUUAUCAGGCCAUUUGAUGGCCGUUUGCAUAUCUGAUGCUGUGAAAUGGACGCAGUUUCACCUUGCUUAGCUUUAGGGCAGGGGUAGGCUACCUGAGGCUCCGGAGCCACAUGUGGCUCUUUAGCCCCUCGCAAGUGGCUCCCUGUGGACUUGACAAAAAAUUAUAUGGAAAUUUAUAACUUUUUUUUUUACUAUUUUAAUUUUCAAAUACUAUGGCUUGGUACCUUUUCCUAUACAUUUUGCUGAACCUAAACAGCAGUUUUCCCAGUUAAACUAACUGUGGAUUCCAAAUCCAAAAAAUAAAAAGAAAAAAAUAGUGUGUGGACAGAUUUGCUUGCUUUCACCGCUAAUGCUGCAAAGUUAAAGUACCGAAUUAUAAAUAGACCACUGUAGCCACCUUGUAGUAAAACAUAUCAAUGAAUGCUCUUUAGAUCUGUUAGUAAUGUUUAUAGGCUAAUUAAGACUUCAUAGACUGUGUUACUUACAUUAUAAGACUCAAAUAUGUUUUGCAGCUUCAGACAGAUUUAUUUUAUUUUAUUUUAUUUUUUGCCAAAAAUAGCUCUUUUGAUUGUAAAGGUUGCCGAAUCCUGGUUUAGGGGCAAAACAUACUUGUUUAAGCGUAGGAAAUGUAGGAAUGGUACGUCAGUUUAAAAAAAAAAAAAUCUGAUUUGAAAAAAAAAAGUCAGUGUUUACUUUUUGUUUUACAUGGGAUACAAACCCUGCUCUCUUGGUUGAAAGUCCUGUAUUUGUUUGACACCCAAUGCAGACUUUCUUGCUCUUUAUAACAUGGAUGGAUAAAGAGAACUGGAUACAGCGUUUGAGGCAGGACUUUCCUAUGAAAGGUGCUUGAAGCCAAAAAAGUUCAACUGCCACAAAUAACAUUACCUAGAUGUUCGGCAAUGCUUCUGUACUGUGUGGCACAUAGAGCAGGCACACUAGAGUGUUCCACCAGCUGAGCUGGCUACUUUCAAUUUAGCACUCUGCUAGCUUAAUGGGGAUGAAAACAUUUAAGCGUGCAACUCUUCCAGACUUUCAAAUGCUAUCAGACCAAAUGGGUCAAAUUCUGGUACUGAAAUUAAUCAUUUUGCAUUGAUUGUGUUACUCAAACAAAUGUAUUUACUAAUUAACAGAUGUCUUUUUCACAAUGUAAGUCUACAGGAAUAAGUCUUUGAGAAUAAGUCUAAGUCCACAGGGCAUCACGUGACACGUGUAACUCCAGUGUAUGCCCAAUGCAAAAAUGGCUUCAAAGCCUGGUGCACUUCCUGUGGCCCUGCUUUGUACUACAUCACCUGACACCCUCCUUUGCUCCUGUCAUAGUUAUUACGGUUACACGAGGUCGCAGCCAAACAAAGUUAAAGGCCUUCUGAACCUUAGAGUAGGUGUAGCAGGCCAUGACGAACCCAUAUCUAUGAUACUUAUAACCACAGAUAACAGCCAUUUAAUGGCCUGAUGACAGCCAAAUCAGCUGUGAGCAGGUAGCUUUUUUUGGCUGAAAACAGCUGCCUGUUGCAUCUGAAAAUGUCGCUGAUGAGAGCUACGAGUAAAUCUUUAAUGCAGUUUUGAUUUUGGAUGGAGAUUUAUUUUGUGGUCAUCCCUUAAAUGUGUGUUAAAGUUUGUUUAAUGUUAUGUUCUGUUAAUUUGUGCGCACAAAUGAUUUUAGAUAUUUCUCCGUUAUACCGGCCGGGCCAAUACUUUUUUUUUUUUUGUUUUGUUUUCCUGGAGCCCUAAAAUCAUAUGGUCUGCCUCUGGUAGCUAAAUUGAAUCGCUCCACCUACUAAUUUGCAGUGCACUCAUGCUUUCAUAAUGUGGUACAUUACAGUAGUUAAAUGCUUUUUUUUUUUCGUCUUACUUAUGUGGGAAUUACAAUAUAAUGUCUUAAUGACUGAACAAUGUGACGCUGGACUAAAUCCCUAUUUUUUAUGAAUUUUUUUUUUUUUUUUAAAGCUGUGGAGCUGAUCUCAGAUCUGAGGCCACAUCCUUUCUGACCACCUGUUAGAAACUGCACUCCUUAUCGGAUGCUUGACACAUAUUUAAGUGUUCGAACCUGGUGAAUUAUCUCAUGUUCUGAUGAUUUUCUUUGAUGUUUUUAGUGUCAUGAACAAAAUCUUUUUAAUUGUACAUUAUAACCGUGGCAGUGUUUAUAUAUCCUCCUGUAUUUUAACAUAAUUAUGCUUUAUGUAUGA